UAUCCUCAAACUAGUAAUCCUCCUACUUCCACCUCCCAAAUAGCUGGGAUUUUAGGAGUGAGCCACAAUGCCCAGCAGAAACAGGUCUUGGUGAGCCCAGGGAAGAAAGGGAGCAGAGCACGCUCAGAGUGAAGGACAAAGCCUGUCCAGUGUCCAGGUGCUAAGCCUGGCAGUGUCCCUGAGGCACACACACCAUCCUUCAUGUCACCAUUAUUAGACACUAGGGGGUAGACACCAGGGAGCCAUGUUUGAGGAACCCAGAAGCAAGGAGCCACUGAGCAUGUGCUCAGUGCUUCUACUUAAAGGUGCAGAGGGACAUUGUGGCUGUGAGUGGCCUUAAAUGUGACACUCAUGCCUUCACACUUCACUGAACAUUGAGCAGCCACCAGCCUCAGGAUCAGCUCAGGCUGCAUUUGUGCUGGAUGUGAGACCAGUCAGCAGGUGGACGGGCAGCUGUACUGAGGAUGGAGGAGAGCAGGGAGGCUGUGCACAAAGUCCUACCCUUGACUUCUCUGUGGGCUUGAGCAAGGACCACCCCACCUCAGGAUGAACCCUCCUUCAGGGCCAAGAGUCUCUCCAAGCCUGGUCCAGGAGCCUAGCUUUGUGGCCACCCCAGCCCCACCUAUCAGGUGGGGUAGCACCCAGAGCAACAUUUCCAACCUAGGCCAGCUUCUACCGGUCAGCUCCACGGCAGUUGGGGCUCAGGCUGCCCAGGUCCCAUUCCCCACAGUUGAUGUUCCAGACCACACACACUACACCCUGGGCACAGUGAUCCUGCUGGUUGGGCUCACUGGGACUUUGGGUAAUCUGACCGUCAUCUAUACCUUCUGCAGGUGCCUGCUGAUGGGACUGGACCCAGGGCACUGAGGCCGAGGCCUGCGGACCCCCGCCAACAUGUUCAUUAUCAACCUCGCGGCCAGUGACUUCCUCAUGUCCUUCACCCAGGCGCCCGUCUUCUUUGUCAGCAGCCUCUACAAGCAAUGGCUCUUUGGGGAGACAGGCUGUGAGUUCUAUGCCUUCUGUGGGGCUCUCUUUGGCAUCACCUCCAUGAUCACCCUGAUGGUCAUCGCCCUGGACCGAUACCUAGUGAUCACUCGCCCUCUGGCCACCAUUGGGGUGUCAUCCAAGAGACGGACAGCGCUUGUCCUGCUGGGAGUCUGGCUUUAUGCCCUGGCGUGGAGUCUACCACCCUUCUUUGGCUGGAGUGCCUAUGUGCCCGAGGGGCUGCUGACAUCCUGUUCCUGGGACUACAUGACCUUUACGCCCCCAGUGCGCGCCUACACCAUGCUGCUCUUCUGCUUUGUGUUCUUCUUCCCCCUGCUCAUCAUUGUCUACUGCUACAUCUUCAUUUUCAGGACCAUCCGGGAGACACGCCGGGCCUGUGAGGGCUGCAAUGAGUCCCCACUGCAGUGGCGGCAGUGGCGGCGGCUGCAGAGUGAGUGGAAGAUGGCCAAGAUCUCACUACUGAUCAUCCUCCUCUUCGUGCUCUCCUGGGCCCCUUACUCCACUGUUGCACUGGUGGCCUUUGCUGGGUACGCACACAUCCUGACACCCUGCAUGAGCUCAGUGCCAGCUGUCAUCGCCAAGGCUUCUGCCAUCCACAACCCCAUCGUUUAUGCCAUCACCCACCCCAAAUACAGGGUGGCCAUUGCCCAGCAUCUGCCCUGCUUGGGGGUCCUGCUGGGUGUGUCACGCCAGCACAGCCGCCCCUCCCUCAGCUAUCGCUCUACCCAUCACUCCACACUGAGCAGCCAGGCCUCAGACCUCAGCUGGAUCUCUGGACGGAGGCGCCAGGAGUCCUUGGGCUCUGAAAGCAAGGUGGGAUGGACAGAGACGAUGGCAACAGCUUCAUGGGAGGCUGCUCAGCCAGUGAGUGGACAAUCCCCAUCCUGUCAGGGCCUGGAGGACUGGGAAGUCAAGGACCCUCCCAGACCUGAGGGACAGGAAGCCAAGACUCCCGGGAAGGUGAUUGGGCCCAGAACCUGCCAAUCUGUAAAGAGCCCAGGAACAGGGUCAAGUAGCCCCAGGGAGUGGCCAGGAAGGGGAGGGGUUUGCUUUAUUGGGCAGGCCCAGUGUUCUCUGGGAAUCACCCCCUCUCCUCUCUCUUGCCUGCCUGGGUGUCUCUGUGACUCUAAGAAGUCCUAGGCAGGGCCUGAGUGUGGUCUGUUACCACGCUGGGUGUGUCUGUGUGUGACGGUGUAACCAUGCACGCAUGUAGCAGGCAAUGCUGUUAGCUGUGUUGUGCCACGAUGGAUGUGUAUACGUGUGUGUGUCCAUGAGGGAGGAGACCAUAAGUAAUGCAUGUGAGUGACCAUGUGCCUGGCAUUUGCUGUCAUUGUGACACCCCAGGACACAUGACCAAGUGUGCCCUGCGUGUCUGCUCUGUGCUGUAUGUGACUGACUGUGGAUGAUGUACACCUCUCUGUGUGAUUUCAAUGCUGGAUAAACCUGGGGGAGGGGCUGCAAGCUACGUGUGUGCUCACCAAGAAUGCCCUGAGACCAGGAUGUCACGCAGAAUACUUGUGGCUAUUAAAAGAAGGCCAGCUGUCAGCCCAAGUGCCUAUGGAACGGAAUGUUGAUGGUGAUUAGAGAAGGGCCAUAUUCUGGAACACUGCAAAUGUCGUGAGCACAGGCACCCAGGCAGCCUCUCCCC